UUUUGACAGCAUAGUUUUGUUUGCGCUUGGUUUUCCUCGUUUUAUUCAUGGUUUAUCAAUGUAGACAUGGAAAGUGUGGGAAAAACAAAGUUAGUGGAUGCCGUGCCGAACUCCGAAAUAGCGAGACUUGUGCUGGGAUAUCUCCUGGAAGUGAGCCCCGAGACGGUAUAUCUGGAGUUUGCGAGGACAAAUCAAUACCUCCGAGAUGAACACCAGCUCCUCCAGAACGGUUGCAAGCCAACAUACUUCAUAAGCCUCGUGCACAUCAUCAAGGAGUUCUAUGAGAUGAAGCUGCUUGUUAUGCGCUUUCAUCAGCAAAGUGGGAUGCUCGAGGGUAGUAUAUCUUUAGUGCAGAACCUGAAGACGAUUUUGGGCAUUCAGAGUGCGAAGAAGAGUCGCCCAGUGAAGAGACGCUUCUCUGGCGUCAAGAGAGGCAUUAUUCUCGACAAAUCCUCAGACAGCUCUGAUUGCGAGAUUGAUUCGAAGAGGGGCAGGUACACUGACUCUUCUCCAACGCCUUCCUACGUUCUGAAUGAGGCCAAUGAGCUGAUUCCAGAAGAGGAGCGUAUCAGGGAAUGUCCGAACUUGGAGACAGCCCCGCGUCCGGACACGAGUUGCUCCACUGCUUUAGGUUUAGAGAGAAAAGCUGUGCCUAGAGUGCAAAAUCUGCGCGAUAACACUCCGCACUCUUCCCAGGGAGAUGGACAGACAGAACAGGUAGAGAAAUCACCACAAGUGCCGUUGAAGCAGAGACUGAGGAAGCAAACGAAGAAGCCUGAAAUGUACAGUGAGAAACCACAAGAGAAGAAAGUCACGCGGAAGAAUAAGAUAAAUAUCAUAUCAGAUGAGAAAUUGCCCACCAUUGAAGCACCGGCAUCUUCAAUGGGGACCUUGGCUGCUCCUCUGCCAAGUAUUCUUCCCACCAACUCAUGGUUCCUGCCCACGAUGGGAUCUCAAAAUUACGUAUUUUUCUCUACAUCAGACGUCCUACAGCAACCCAUGAGCCAGCCCAUCCUCAACUUUCCAGUCCAGACACAACAGCCUGCACUCAAUUCGGGACAAUUGAUGGAGGUUCCAGCGCAGAUACUUCCUGAGGAGGUGAACUCCUGUCCAUCAGUAUUGGAGGGAGUGCAGUCGACACCAAAGAACACCGAAAUGCCGCCUAUACAGUUUAAGAGUCAAUCAACUCCACGUCGUCUUGGUUCCCACGUGCGCUUCCUGAAUUUUAACACGCCCAGUGGAAAAUUACAACACUUUGGCAGUCCCAUUGUGACCACGUCGAAUGCAGCAGACGCUGAGGAUGGCGCCAAGACGCCCCAUGUGAGGAAAAAUGCCAAGACAUGCGCUCGAGUGCUGUCCACUGCUGCAGAGGCUCCUCAGGAGACCAUUGAUGAACAGAUGAAGGAGUGGUUGACACUGAGAUCGACGUCAAAGUCCAAUCAGUGGGAUCAGCAUAUCAGACAAGUGGAGCGUGAGAAGGAAAUUGCGGGUAAGAUAAAGAAAACGCCGCGGACAGUGAAAAAGAAAUGCAAAACCCGGUCAAGCUUGAACAUAAAGGCUCAGAUGUUGGAGGAUGCCUUGAGGAGUGCCAAGAAGCAGCCACCGGCACCGCCGGAGGAAGUGAAAGAAGUGGAACUAUCUGAAAGACUGUCAGGCAUUUCAGAUGGUGAUAUAGUGGAUAAAUUCUUCCCGAAUCUGUCGCAGACGCCUCAAAAGGAGACCGAAGGUGAAGAUCCACAGAAUACCAGCCAAAAGGAGACCGCUCUCAUAAUAGAUCUCGAAGCGGCCACAGUUCAGGCGUCAGCGGAGCCACAGCAGUCCGAAGGAGAGAGGAGCGCUGACAAAAUCCUUAGUAUGUCAAUGUUGCUGGAUACACCAUUUAAGGAUGAGAUUUUAGGACAAUUUCCCACCACGCCGCGCUUCCUUGUGCCACUGACAACUCCGGCAUUGAAACCUCCGGUCGGAAGUGCGCCAGAAACAGCGAUCAAGAUUGCUGAACUCACGACGCCCUCCUUUGCUAUCACGCCUGGCGCGAAGAUGACUCCAGAGCGAGAGAGUCCUCAGAUUGGACCCUGCAACCGGCCCACAGACUACUCUUCCAGCAGUUCCUACUACAAGCCCGAUGAGUCUGAAGACACUGACCACAAGAUUGAGAGUAUGAUCAAAGCGCGCAGAAAUCGACGGGAAAGUGAGAGGUGUGAUGAAGGACUUUCUCAACUGGCACAAAUGCAUGUUCUUUUGACAAAGACGCCCGUAAAGCCGGACAAUCCCGUCAUUUUGGAACGCAUGAAGUCCUUCACGGAGGAAACGACUGAUCUUCACUACAAUUUUGCAAUUGGAGAGAUUGGAGAAGAUGUGCCAAUUGAAAUUCUCGAGAAGUCAACAAGCGAAUCAUCAUCUAGCAGUUCAUCAUCUGACGACAGCUCAUCUUCCUCAUCGUCGUCGUCUUCGUCCAGUGAGGAAAAUGAUGAUGAGGACAACGAUAAGAAUUGGGUGUCUCCAGAGAUUGAAGCAGCGAUGCCAAAAGAUAAAGUUUCGCAGUUAGUCAGCGAGACAGGAGAGAUUCGCUUUCCACUGAGGAAUUGGAUGACACCCAAGAAGAGCGCUGAAGAAGUCGUGAGUCCUGAGAUUCCGAAGCCUGAAGAGAAGAAAGCUGCGCCAGAAAUUGAGCGGCCAGAUAAUAUGACAAGUGAAUUGAAUGAGAAACGCUUAAGAAUUAUUGAGAAGAUGAAACAGGAUAAGCCACCACCAGCCAGGACACAGGGCAGAAAACGCGUCCCUGCCAAGAAUACUCGAGUGACGAAGCCGCUACAAUCGUCAACAGUUGGAAGCUCUCCAUCUAAGAGGAAGGCCGCAACGCCCAGGAAGUGUGUCCGAGUGUCUUCGGCGAAGCCCAGGCAAAGUCGUGUCACGAAAGAGAUUUGCAAGCCUCCUGAGCCAGCAGUGGCGGAAAAAGUUGCGGAAGAGAAGAAGGAAGUUGUGUCCAAGGCGACUGGACUCAAGGGAUAUACAAUCCCGAAGAAGAUGCAAAAUCUUACUAAAAAGACAUCUUUUUACCACGAAGUUUACGCGUCUUCGUCCGAUGAAGAGAACAGUCCGAAAUCUCAGGGACAAGUGGAGGAAGUUAGGCAGGAAAAGCCUAAACAGUCAAUUCUAAGUAUGAUGGUAAAUUCACCGAUGAAAGCUGAAGCUGACGACUCGAAGGCAUCUUCAGAGGCUACUUUCCCGCCGACACAGAGCGCUAAACCUGUCCAAGAAUGCCAGGAAGAGGCAAAAGCCACUCAGAGUGUUCAGAAGGAAACUGAGGAGGGAGAAAUCGAGGAUAGCGAUGAGGAAAAUGAGAAAUUCACUCUUGAAACCACGGACAAAGUAAUAGAAAUGCGCCAAGAUUCCUCCACGAAGCCUCCGAAUUUCCGACUUGAAGACUUUAAUGCUGACGCAAUGGUGAUGAAGAUCAUUCUCGAGGACAAAUCUCACUUCCAAUUGAGUCUCUGCGAUGCUGUGAACAUCUAUGAUGUCCGCCCUCAAAGAAAGAGCAAGAUCGUUGAUAAGAAACCGACGAAGAGGAAGAAAUCAUCCAGUUCGACGCCUGAAAAGCCUUCAGAGCCGACAAGUGCGACUGAAGGUGCAAGCAAAAAGUCAAUGAAGCCAAAAAUCAACCUCAAGUACAAAGACUCGACGGAGAAUCCGAAGAAUUUAACUCCUGCUGUGAACAAAAAUGCAUCUUCUUCAGCCUCAAAGGGCAGAUCGCUGCCGAAAGUACCUCAAAAUCAAAUUGACGUCGUUCUGGCGCACAUUCACGGUUCCGAGAGGAAUGAGUUUCCGUUCCACCAGAAAGCCAAACAUCUCGUCAAUGUCACUCUUGAGGACGCAAUCGCCAAAAGUGAAGUACACCAGGUCUCUCUUGGUAAGAGUACACACCAUUAUCUGCAGCAGGGACUUCAGUUUCGAGUCCCCAUUGAAGGCGCCGCAGCCCCAGUUGCCAGACGCCACGGCGGCAAAUGGUUUGUCCCUCUCCGACGGCAGGAAUCCCACAUAAGCUUUGUUCAGCUCCCUCAGCAUCAACUUAGCUUGAUACUGCUGCGCUUCCUCGGCAAAGUGGAGCGCGUCAAUGGCCACAAUGUGGCAUUUCCGCCGCCCACACUCGUCCCUCGGCGUGUCAUCGAUGUGAUUACCUUUCCACUCCACUUGAAGAAGACCCUUGCCAUUAUCCUCAAUGGUCCCAUCCGUUCUCACAUCCACCUUCACUGCCUCAAAGGGCGCAUCUGCCAAAUCCCACCGCGGCAUGAGGCGAGGAUCCACGAAUCUGCGGGAGAAUGUGAUCACUCCUGUGGGCAUUUUGCUGAAGAUACGCUUGAAGUAGUGACAAAUGCACUUAAUCUUUUCCAGACACCGCGCUUCUGUGCUCGUGUUCCUCCGCGGAAAGGUGCAGAGGAAGGCAUUUGCAACCAGGCAUGCAACCUGCUCUUGACUCAGGCUUAUCGAGUGAUUUCGGCCUUGCUUCAGCAGUGGAAUACCACCGGGAAUCAGUUGGGGCAAUUUCAGAGCCAAAUCCAUGAUCUUCGGCAGCAUAACUGUGAAGAAUGUCUCAGAAUCUUCCUCAUCGCCUUUGUCAAACAGACUAUGGAGUCCCCGAAACGACCAGGAUCUCGCGUAUUUGUUGUUAUACGACAGGAUGGCCGGAAAAUGUCUGGCCUUCCCUCAGGCAUACUCUCGCACACGCGGAAGGUGCAGAGUUUAUACAAGAGAUCCCUGAGGAACUUGGAGUCCUGGUAUGAUAGGAGGAAUGCUUUCCGCUAUCAAGCCACUCUGUUGAGGGCAAGAUUUGACAAGAAUCGCGACAUUAAGGAUAUGCGAGUGGCCAGAGAUUUGAUAGUGGAGGGAGAGAGGGAACUAUUUGAUAAACAGCACUACCAGCCGCAGAAGUUUGCUGGAAGUCCUGGAGGAUGUGCUUAUGAGCGUGAGGUUAUCCCGCCGGAUUGGGUGCUGGACUACUGGCAUCCGCUGGAGAAAGCCCAGUAUCCGGAGUACUUUGCUCGCCGCGAACAGCGCAAGAAGGAAUACGUGGAAUGGUGGUGGAAAGUGCAGGAAAUGGUUCGUGAUCGCCUUCAGGAGUUGAAAUCUAAUUCACCUUAUCGCGACGAUGACGACAUAGGAUUAGAUAUCGAUGUGACAACAAACUUGGAGAAUGAUAUUGAGAGUGUGUUGAAUGAGUUUGCAGACGCGCGACGAAUUGUUCAGGAAAUCCGCGGGAAUACGAAGUCCAUGCAGAAGCUCGAGAGUGAAAUUGCAAAUCGCGUUCCUACGCCUCAGGGAGCGAUGGAGGAGUUCGAGGAGCGUCGAGAGGCGAACAUGCUGCUCUGCCAGAAUGUCUACAACAAGAUGAAGAAGCUGGAAGCCACGCUGCCCUUCAAGGAUGACUUUAAAGCCAUCUCCAGGAUUAAGAGAUAUCAUUUCCACUUUGUCAGAGAGGAGUUUAUCGACGCUUGGAACGAGCACGAAGCUUUCCUUGUAGAAUAUGAGGAGAGGAUCAAAAGGAUUCUGAAGAAGCAGGCCAGAAUAGUUAAUGCUUCCGCUGACGAGGAGGAAAUCGAGAGUUUAAUAACGGAGAAGAAGACUUCACUCUUUGUAGCAAAUAUUGUUCAAGAGACUGAAUUGGCGCGAAGACAGUUACAGGAUAUUACACAGAGGCAAAUCGAGUUGGAAAAAAUUGAGAAGUCUCUAGUGGAAGUGAGAGACAUGUUCUUGAGAAUAUCCACUCUGGUGAUGGAACAGAGCGCCAGAAUUCAAGUCAUCGAAUUUCACGCCCAACAAACGGGCAUAAAUGUGGAAAAGGGCGGCGAGAAUCUCGGGAAGGCACGCGAGCUGAAAAUCAAGACGCUGAAGAAGAAAACUUGCCUUCUAAUAUGGUUGGCCGUCGCUCUAACUAUUAUUAUUUUGAUUUUAAUAAUAUUUUGAUGAUUUUGAUAGUCAAAA